AUGAAGCGGAGACCCUCCGGGUUCGUAGAUAAUAAACUAAAGCAGCGAGUCAUCCAGUAUCUUACCAGUAAUAGAUGUGGCAAAUAUGUGGAUAUUGGAUUCUUAGCAUCUGAUUUGCAAAGAAUGUACAGUGUAGACUAUGGUCGAAGGAAAAAAAAUGCUUUCAGGAUUCAGGUUGAAAAAGUGUUUAGCAUAAUCAGUAAUGAGAAAGGACUUAAGGAUCUAACAGAGUUCAAAGAGGAAAAUGUAGCAAAGAGGUUUAGACAAGGUGAAGAGGAUAAUGAGUAUACUGAAAGCUGUUCUGAUGAUGAUUCAAAUAUGGAAGAUUACCCAGAUUCACAGUCAGCCAAUCAUAUGAACAGUUCCCUGCUUUGCUUAUAUCGGAAAGGAAAUCCUGAUUCAGUUUCAAAUACUCCUGACAUGGACCAAAGAGAAACCAACAGUCCAGCACCACGGUUGCCUUCCAGAACAGGCUCCGUUCCUUUGAAGACCUCUGACUCCAUUUCUGAAGGAGGAUGGUUUAUUGACAAAACCCCAGGUGGAAAGAAAAACAGUUUUUUCUUGGAUUUAGCAGAUGAGAAAAGUAAUCAUCAAAAACCAGCAUCUGAGAUACAGGAUUCAAAAGAUUCUUCUCUCCUGGAGAGUGCUAAAAAACAGAAAGGCAGGUUAAAGAGCAAAGGAAGCAAAAGGAAGAAAGAAGAUCUUCAGGAAUUGGAUGCAGAAAUAGAAACUGUCUUGCAAAAGAAAGCUAAAGCCAGGGGGCUAGAAUUGCAGAUCUCCAGUGUGAAGUUUGAAGAUGUUGGAGGCAAUGAUAUGACACUAAAGGAAGUCUGCAAGAUGCUCAUUCACAUGCGACACCCGGAGGUGUACCACCACCUGGGUGUCAUCCCCCCACGUGGAGUUCUCCUGCACGGGCCACCAGGCUGUGGGAAGACAUUACUUGCGCACGCAAUUGCUGGGGAACUUGACCUGCCUAUUCUGAAAAUAGCUGCUACAGAGAUUGUGUCUGGAGUUUCUGGAGAAUCUGAACAGAAGUUGAGAGAACUAUUCGAACAAGCUGUGUCAAAUGCACCAUGCAUCUUUUUUAUUGAUGAAAUAGAUGCUAUUACCCCCAAAAGAGAAGUUGCUUCAAAAGAUAUGGAGCGAAGGAUUGUAGCCCAGCUCCUUACCUGCAUGGAUGGUCAGUAUGAAAUAAUUAAUCUUAAUGAAAUGAUAUUUAGGGGCCAUAACCUGGACUCUAGGAGUACUCAUUGUACCUCAGUAAUACUUCAGACUUUGUGCAGGAAACUACGACUUCCUGAAGCUUUUAAUUUUCAUCACUUAGCACAUCUAACACCAGGCUUUGUUGGUGCUGACUUGAUGGCGCUGUGCCGGGAGGCAGCAACAUGUGCAGUCAGUAGAGUCUUGAUGAAACUAGAGGAGCAGCAGAAGAAAGAUUCUGAGACUGAAGAUCUGCCUAAUGCAGGAGGCCAACAAGAAUGGACAGUAGGAAACGAGCACACUUCUGAAAAGCAGGGUGAAUUACAAAGACUGCUGGGAUUGCUAAGAGACCAAGAUCCUCUCUCUGAGGAUCUGCUACAGGGACUGUGCAUUGAACUGAAUGAUUUCAUUGUUGCUCUAGCCUCCGUUCAACCUUCUGCCAAAAGGGAAGGCUUUGUCACUGUUCCUAAUGUGACAUGGGCAGAUAUUGGUGCCUUGGAAGAUAUUCGAGAGGAGCUCACCAUGGCAAUAUUGGCUCCAGUACGUAACCCAGAUCAGUUCAAAGCACUUGGAUUGAUGACUCCAGCUGGGGUCCUACUUGCUGGUCCUCCUGGCUGUGGUAAAACUCUCCUGGCGAAGGCUGUGGCAAAUGAGUCUGGACUGAACUUUAUAUCUGUAAAGGGUCCUGAAUUACUAAAUAUGUAUGUUGGUGAGAGUGAGCGUGCUGUACGACAGGUUUUUCAGCGAGCCAAGAACUCAGCUCCCUGUGUGAUAUUCUUUGAUGAAGUGGAUGCCUUAUGCCCUCGAAGAUCAGACCGAGAGGCAGGAGCAAGUGUCCGAGUAGUGAAUCAGCUUCUUACAGAGAUGGAUGGUCUGGAAACACGGCAGCAGGUUUUUAUUAUGGCAGCAACUAACAGACCAGAUAUUAUUGACCCUGCAAUUCUGCGCCCAGGCCGGCUAGACAAAACACUCUUUGUGGGUUUGCCACCCCCAGCAGAUCGUCUUGCCAUCUUAAAAACUAUCACCAAAAAUGGUACCAAACCCCCACUGGAUGCAGAUGUAAAUUUGGAUGCUAUUGCUGGUGACCUCCGCUGUGACUGCUAUACGGGUGCAGAUCUGUCUGCUUUGGUGCGGGAAGCUUCUCUCUGUGCCCUGAGACAAGAAAUGGCAAGACAGAAGAGUGGAAAUGAAAAAGGUGAGCUAAAAAUCAGUCUUAAACAUUUUGAAGAGGCCUUCAAGAAAGUAAAACCAUCUAUAUCAAAAAAGGAUCAGUUGAUGUAUGACAUGUUGCAGCGGUCCCUCAGUGGAUGA